AUGGCAGAGGGCGAGAGCACGGGCAACAGGCCGACCGAGGAGGAUGACGCGGAACUGCUCUUCUACCCGACGGAGUCUGCAUCGCCCACGCCCUUGCUGCGGCUUCUCAAGAAGAAGAGGCGACGCAGCGAUGCGGGCACCGACGGUGGCUUCUUCGAUUCGGAGGCGCUGGCAGACGAAAAAAGCACCGCCACGGCGGCGGGUGAUGAAAAACUGAGCCACUCCCCCUAUGUGACCCUUCAGUGGUUUCCUUUCUUUUCAUCCCCGUCUUCGUCGCGUCCACAACAGCAGCAGCAGCAAGAGCGUGAGGAGGGGGAGGCGGUUGAAAUUGAGCUGUACACGGUGCGUCCCAGUCGUUCCCGCCCCACAGAGGGUGGCUUUGACACCAAUGACAUGUCCCGGACGACCUCACUGGCGGGCACCUUCACAUUUCGGGGACUUCGGCGGUUUUAUGGACUUCCAGGGGCUCGCGCUCGGGCGGCAACUGCGGAGAAGGACGACAAGGACAACGACGGCGAUCGCUCGACGGUCGACCUUGACCAACGCUUCGCCAUCCCGCGCGAUGGGUUUCGCUAUCUUGCCUCCGUGACGGGAAAAACCUUGGAUGACUGGACCAACGUCCCAGGCGUUCUUCCGCUUUUCUUUGCCGAGUUGGCGGCACCCGCGAGCACCGGAGACGCUGCCGAUGGCGGGAAUGGCGACGCAGAGGUCGUUCGAACGGUUGGCGUCUUGUGGAUGUCCAGCGCUCCUUUCUCGGUGCGCACAAAGACGCUCUCUUCUCGCACGGAGACGGUGCGACUCUCCUUGUCCAGCAGCGCGGCCGAAACACGGGUUUUCUCCUCCCGGUCCCACGCACGCGGAUGUCCUUCGCCAGUAUUACACGCUGACGGGCUUUCCCGUCUUACCGCCUGUUUUUGCGUUGGGGUACCACCACCACUUCUCCAGCCCUGUCGUCGUCGAGAACGUGCCGUCACCCGCAGCGCUUUCCCCGUUGGGCCCGUCUCCUCUUCGUCCAAGCGAAAGGCUGGGCAACGUGGCCAGCGCGGGGCGGCUGUCGUCGUCGUCGUCGUCGCCCACGCUAACGCUGCAGGCCGCACUUCAGGAAGUGAGCACGUCGCUGCUCCCUCGGGUGUGCCGACGGACUCCAUCGGCUACACGGGCGGCGACCUCAACCAGCGACUGACCCCCUUCUCGUGGAGCCGCCGACACAUGCCCGACCCGAUGCGACUGCAGACAAAUCUGUGGCUCUACGGCAGACGCUUCUUCUUCACGCGGACGUCGCCGCACAUCCCUGUCAUUCAAAGUUCUCCUCUUUACCAAGAGGGCAAGAAACACGCCUUCUUCGUCAGCGUCGACCCCGAUGAAGAAACGUGGUACACCACUUACCCCCGAGAGGCGGGACGGGCACUGCUUUCUUUCUCAUCACCGUCAACAACACCACCACGGCGACCACAACGCGCUGAAGCGGUUCGCCGACAGCACAAACCGGACUUUGUCGCGCUGACGGCGGCCGCGCCGGACUGCCUCAUGGAGCAAUGGGGGACCCUGCCGCCGACAACGGGACACAUUGGCGGCACGGUGCAUCGACAGGUGCACAACGCGUACAGCGUGUAUUACACCAUGGCAGCCUUUGACGCGCUUUGGCGCGGCGGUGUCACUUGUGCCCGCCACGCGGCUCGCCUCGUCUGCGGUGGUGGGGAGGAGGCGGCGCAGGGCCGCGAGGCCGACAAGUUGCGUCCCGAAUGGCGGCGGCUGCGGGCGGCGAUCGCAGACGUCGUCGCACUGAGCCUAUCGGGUCUGCCAUUUGUCGGCAACGUCGCCGGCUUUGAGGUCGAUUGGGCCGCCCGUCGGCGCGCGAUGGCCCGCUCCCCGACCGCAACCACAACCACACCCUCCACCACCACCGCGACAACGGUGGCGGUGCCGAGCUCAGCGGAGGGCGUCGAUUGGCGACCAGACAACAAACCGUCUGGAGUGGGAGAGGAUUACACGCAGGUCGAAAAGGAGGAAUUGCUGGUGCGAUGGUACCAAGCAGCCACGAUCUUUCCCUUUAUGCGCGCCGAGGAGGGCCGCGGCGUGCAGAACGCGUUCGACGCGGCCGAGGUGGAAAGACACAUCCUCCACCCGGCUUCGUCGCCGCCGCAACCGCAAGAUGGAGAAGCGAAGGAUGCACGAGCGGACGUGGAAGCGCAGCUGACGGCGUCCGUCAGGGCCGCGUCCACGACCUUCUUCAACGGUCUUUCCUUCGCUUUUACGCCCCGAGAACCGCGCGGUUCGCGACACGAUUCGCCUGCGCUACGCGCUGAUGCCCUACCUCUACACCAGUCUUUGGCACACAAGAAGAAGGCACGCCGCUCCUGA